GGCCGUUCAAGUUCGGCGCGCGCGACACGCGAAUUUCGUUCACACGCACACGCACGCGUCGUGUAGAAUUGUAUUUCGCGCGUGGUGCACACGCACACGGAUCUGCGUACACGUAUACGUGCACACGUACGCACGACACCUGUGACCGGCGGCGUGUUCGUGUACAACCGGACGCGUUAACGGCGUUAGUUGCAUCCAUCCAUUGCAUCAGAGAGGUUGUCAAGUGCAGACCUACAAUUUUUUUAAAGUUUCUGACGAAGAGUGUUUUGUGAUCAUUCCUAAAUAUUUCUGACACAAAUCAACAAAGGACAUACACGUUGUUGCUCAUGCAUCAUAUUGCCUGUGACAGUUAAAAAAAGGAGAAGAAGAAGAAGGACACGUGUGACGCAUGUCUCGUAACCGACCGGAUCCUCUCUACGCAUCGUUCAAGAGGCAGACAUCAUCACGUUUUUUGUUGUUUUUUUUUCGUUUGGGUGUUCGAUCUGUGCGAGUAAUUCAGCCUCGAGGAGCAAAUUGGAAUUACUGUGCCGUGAAACGUCCAUGGUCAGCGCAAUAACCCGCGGUGAGAACGUGAGGAGGCGGUUGAGGGCUUAACAUCCAGGCCGCGUGACCGAAGAGUCGCAGCUGCAGAAUGUAAACGUCUGCCGUUGACCGUGACGUCGCCUAUCGGCAGGAGGAGGAGGAGGAGGAGGAAGAGGUGAAGGAAGGCACCGGCCGUGACUUCGUCGUCGUCGCCGUCGUCGUCGUCGUCGCCGUCCGCGCCGUUCGCGCCGCCGGCGGAGACGCGAUGGACGAUUCCGAGUCGCCCCAGACGUGGUCGGCCUGGUUUCUAGACGCGAUCCGGAAGAUCCGCAGUCAGAAACAGCGACCGAGUGUUGAGCGGAUAUGCCACGCGAUACGCCAGCAUCAUUACUUCCACGAGGAGGAGAUCGCCGAGCACCUGGAGGUCGCCGUGAAGCGCGGCGACGUGCUCAAGAUUUUCAACAAGGGUCAGUCCUCGUACAAGGAUCCCGGCGGUCUCCAAUCCAAGAAGCUCAGGGUCAACAAAUCGACGGAUAUCAGCAAGGUCUUGAGCAAGGCGGUGCGCGAGCUCGGCGAGCGCGAAGGUUCGAGCCUGAGGAACCUCGAGAGGUACAUUAGACAGAGUCACACCGUCGAGGAGGAUGCCGAGGGCGAUCUUAGAAUCGCUCUCAAACUCUCCGCCAAGCGUGCGGUCGAGCGGGGCCUGGUGCUCCAGGAUGGCAAGCUCCUACGACAAACGGACAGGCCGCCGCACAAGAAGUCGAGUGACGCCUCUAAUGCGUCCACGGAACCGCCCGCGCCCAAGCUGCCGGCUCCAUUGCCGAUAUGCAAAGAGUGCCUCGGCGCCACGAUGGCCGGCAACAACAACAACAGCAAGCGGAACGCCAACGAGAAGCUAAGCAGGUGCAGCGUUUGUGGCGCGGCCCUGCACAAUUCUUGCGCGCCGCCGGAGCUUUCGGUACUCGUCGAUCGAGGAAUAACUUGGUCCUGCGACGACUGCUCGCCAACCUGCGCCGGCUGCCAACUGGAGCGGGAGUCGCAGAAUUAUCUCGUCAAGUGCGCCGGUUGUGUGAACUGUUACCAUCCAGCCUGCAUCGAUCCUGCCCUCGACAAGAAGAACAAGGCGCCCUGGAAGUGCCGGCACUGUCAAACGGCGCACACGCCGGUGAGCAAGGACGACGGCAAGCGGGGCAAGGCGCAGGAUGCGAAUUCAAUCGACGACACGCCGACGAGCGCGAGGAAGAGGCUCAGCAAGUUACGCGAGAAUCGAAAAUCAAUGGUAUCCAGAAAAAGCUUGGCGAACGCACAACCAGCCAAGAAGAGCAGCGCGGGAGUGGCUCAGGUGGACAGCAGCUCGGACGGUAAUGCGGGUGUUGUCUCCCCUCGUCAACCACCUUUGAAUUCCUCUCCUUUGCCACAACCCCCCACCCCACUCGCAGGCCAGGGUAGGCUGCUCGAGGAAAAGAACGACAAGAUCUCCAAGGAGAAGCAAAAAUUCUUUAGAUUGAGCGCAUUUAACGCUGAGCACAGUAAACUGAAGCGGGUGGGGGGCGGUGAUAAAUCUAGGCCCUCGCGGAACGUUAAUGUUAGGUCGACCCGGGGCGGUACCGCGAAUCCGAAGAAAGUCGGCACGUCGCGAGUAUCUAGUAGCAGUAGCAGCAGCAGCAGCGAGGCUGGUAAUAGCAGCGAGAGCUCGGAGGGCAGUGAUAGUAGCGAUGAGGAUGACGAUGAUGACGACGAGGAGGGCAAUAGCUCGAGCGAGAGCAGCGACUCCUCCUCGUCGGAUGAGAUCCAGGAUGGGAGAAUCGAGUCUCCCAAGGCGAAGGCGCCAUUCGCUUGUGACCUCAACGAGGACAAGCCGUGGGGCUUUGCCGCCGCCGCUGCGAAGCUAAACGUAGACUCGCCUUUCUUCAGCAAUAUCACAAACACCUUUGGCGCGCCUUUACCUAAACUCAGCGUGGGCGGUACGCCAACCUUUGGCUUGCACAUACAACAGCCAGCCACCGUCAAUCCGUCAGACGGUAAAAAGAAAGACAAAUCCGAGCGCAACGCUGCACAGACGGCUGGCGCGAGCGCGGAUAACAAGGCCAAGCCCGGAAGUGGCCAAUUGAGAGGUCUCUUCGACGGUUUGAGUCACUUUUUUUCAGCAUCCGCGAACAGCAGGGCGAGAUCGGCCGGUGCACCGGCGCCGAAUUACGCGCCAGACCGGAGAAAAAGGCCUAACGUAGAAGAUACUGCUAAAACGAACAAAAUUCCGAGAGGCACACAGAGAAACAAACAGGACGAUUUAUCAUCUGGCACGAGUAAACUCAAGGAUCGUAAAAAGACUGAAGCUACCACUGAGAUAGCGAGAUUACCGAAGCCCGGUAUCUUUGUACCUUCCGACGAAAAUGUAUUAAGCUCGUUUAACGAGAAAUUACCGAGGAUGACACCCUCGAAUCUGGUGAAAACCGCGGUGAACAGUAAAAGACACGAGCACGAGAGGAGAAAGCUGAUGCGAGACGACACGUCGCUCGUAAAGUGCGCCGCGGAUCCAUCGUCACCGUCGUCGUCGUCGUCGUCGUCGUCGAGACACGAGCAGCAACAGCAGCAAUCACGAAAGAAGCAAACGGCUUUGGAUACGCAGAUACGCCACCCUGUACCCGCCGUUGCGAAAUCCUCAGGCCUCAGUUCCGAUCCUGUCAAGUCAAAUCCCAAUCCAAAAUCCAAUCCACGAGCCUGUACUAGCGCCACCACCACCAACACCACCACGACACCCCGCGCGACACCCUGCUCCACCAGGAAGGAGGAACCAAUCGUACCGCAAACCUUACCUCCAGGAGUUACGCAGAAGGACGUGGAUCUUAUCAAGGAAGCACGCGAAAGGGCUAGGCUGACUGUUAGCAACGAUGAGAAUGAUCAAUCGUUGUGCGUUAGCACACCGAAUGCGUCUGGCAACGCACCACGAAAUCCCGCCGCGAUAGUAUUCGGUCGAUAUGAGGUGGACACAUGGUAUUCCAGUCCAUUCCCGCAGGAAUAUGCGCGAUUACCGAAGCUGUUCUUCUGCGAGUUUUGUCUCAAGUACACGAAAAGCCGGGCUGUGCUGGACAGGCACAUGGACAAGUGUCAGUGGAGGCAUCCACCUGCCACCGAAAUUUAUAGGUGCGACGGAUUGUCCGUGUUUGAGAUUGACGGUAACGUAAACAAAAUCUACUGUCAAAAUCUGUGCUUACUGGCGAAGUUAUUUUUGGAUCACAAGACUCUCUAUUACGACGUAGAGCCGUUUCUCUUUUACGCUAUGACCAAAAACGACAAAUACGGCUGUCACUUGGUCGGUUACUUCAGCAAGGAGAAACACUGUCCGGCUCAGAGGUACAACGUGUCCUGCAUUAUGACCCUGCCGCAAUAUCAACGACAAGGUUUUGGCAGGUUCCUCAUAGAAUUCAGUUACCUGUUAUCCAAGGUCGAGGGCAUCCCGGGAACGCCGGAGAAACCGCUUUCGGAUCUCGGUCGAGUGUCGUAUCAUUCCUUCUGGAAGAGCGUAGUGUUCGAGUACCUGGACGCGCAUCGGAACGAUACUGAGAUUAAGCUGGGCGACAUCACGAAGGAGACCGGCGUGUCGGCGCACGAUAUCGCCACGGCAAUGCAAUUGCUCGGAUUUAUAAGGUCGGUUCACUUGCCAGGGGAUGCGAACAGUAAUAAAGUGGCUGUGGUAGUCGAUUGGAGCAAGGUAGACGCUCACAUGGCGAAAGUGCGAAAGAGUUUCCGCAUCAAGCUGGAUCCCGACUGUCUCAGAUGGAUACCGUUGCUCACGCAAAUCCCUAAUCCGUAUCAGAACCCGGAGGAGAACGCUGACACCGGCUCGGAAAUGUCCCCUGCAGUGGAGCCUCCUAAGCCCGUGCCAGCCGUUGUCGAGAAGAUACAAAGAGUGAAGAUAAAGAAGAAGCCUCGAGGUAGAAGAGUAAGCCAGAGGAAAUCGAUACCUUUGAAAUCAACACCUUUGAAAUCGACACCUUUAAAAUCGACACCUUUAAAAUCGACAUCUUUAAAAUCGACAUCUUUAAAAUCGACACCUUUAAAAUCGACAUCUUUAAAAUCAACACCUUUGAAAUCGACCCCUUUGAAAUCGACACCUUUGAAAUCGACACCUUUGAAACCAAAGGCUUCGCAGAAGACUGCAGCGUCUCACAAGGACGCGUCCAAAGAAGAAAAGGAUGUUAAAGAUGUGAAGGAGACCAAGGUGGCGAAAGAAUUGAGAGAACCAAAAGAAUCCCCAAGAGAAAGUCGUAACGCCGAGAGCGCAGAGAAUCGAAAAGAAUCUCGCGCGGAAACGGAAGCUAAGAGCGUAACGUCCACACCGAGAAACGCGCGCGCUCUUAGCUCCGCAAGAAAUGCUGCAACUCCGACGACAUCGCCGAAAUCGGCACAAGUAACGACGAUGUCGAGGAGAAGGAUCAGACCACCUAAGACGCUUGUAUCCGAAUCAGUCAUCACACCUUUGAGAAAACGAAAACAUUCCGAGAAAAUUGAGGCUGAGGAAGAGAAAGUGGAAGUUAUUAGUAGGAAGAGGACGCGAGAAUCUCUGAGGGAAAAAGAAAAGGAGAGAGAGCGAGAAACCGAACGAGAGCGCGAGAAAGAGAAGGAGAAAGUACGUGAGAGGGACAGUAAAGCGAAAGAAAGAGAAUCUCUGAAAGAAACUUCGGUGGACACUAGAAAAACGCCUCCUAAAUUAGAUUCUGUUUCGAGUCCGCCUAAACCGGCAAAGAAACAAUGCAAAGUCGACGAUAUUCUGUUGAAAGUUACCAGUAGACAAUCCAAGUAUAUGCAGGCAAAGGAAAAGAAAAUUCUGGAGGAAACGCAGUGUAAUGGUAAAGAGGAAGUGCGAGAGGUUAAGAACUCGCCGCUGUCCAGGCGGGGUAGAGGUAAGGCGACGGCGGAGGCCCUAAAGAUGCCGCAACUCACGCCGGAAUCUCUCAGCACGAAGAACAGAGCCGAAAGUCCUGUGAUACCGCCUCCUUCGUUGUCUCCACCGCCCGAGUCCGUGAAGAGCUCUCCCGUUCGAAACAAGCAACCGUCUGUGCCAGACUCACCGUCCACGAAGCACUCCGGUAACAGUGACAACAAGAGCGAGAGCGCGGAGGACAACGGCCUGCCCGUUCCCACGGAAACGGAAGUGGUAUCCGCGAGUUCCGGCGAGUAUGAGGGCGGCGACGAGGAUGAAGGGGAAGAGGAAGAAAUAACCACACCAACGCCUAAACUCGUGACGCAAUCGGCCUCGCCAAACACGGAGAACCCCGCGAAAGAAUCGUGCGAGGACGAGAAUGCGGAUAACAAGGUUCCGGAGCAAGAUAACGACGAAAGCUCGUUGCAGAAGGCGGAAGCAGCGGAUCUAUCACCAGCGGUCGGCGACGAUCAGACUGAAACUAUAAACGAAUGUGAUAAGGACUCCGAGAUUGACAAGCGUCCAGUUUGCAGUCCGGAGGCAUCGAAAUCAGUACCUGAACCAGUUGCUUCACCAAAAGAGGAGGAAAUCGAAAAGUCGGAGAGCAGCGUUAUGCCCAGGAAGGAUGAUCGCGAUAGCCCUCCCAAAGAGGAGCUCAUUCUUGAAACGCCGAAAGAUGUCAAGAUUGAUCUGUCGCGACCGAAAACGGAACCUUUACCGGCGGAGAAGGACACGUGCGCUCUCGUCAACGCGGCGGUGACGUUGGAAACGGAGCCUCUCACGCCGCAGGAGAAACCAUUACCCAUUGUGGAACAUCAGGACACAACCUUGCAAUUACAGAAUCAAACGGAGGAACUGAAACAACAUUCGCCUGAGAGCGGCAAGACCACGCCGCAUCUGGAGAACCCGGGCUCGGUGAAGAGAACACCGCCGUCGCAACCGGAUUUGCCGUCUAUGGGAGUCUACACGCCAGACUCGACGACGAACUCCGUGCACUCGUUGCACUACAGCCAGUGCGAUUUAGAUGUGAGUCAGUUGGGCCUGGAGUCGCCCACUUCCAUAGCCAGCGAUCUCGCGUCGCAAAACAGCGUGGAGAGACCGCCCAGUGCUCUACCGUCUAUCCCGCCGCCUGCAAACGUGCCGAUCUCGGUUUCCAUGCAGAUUGCGACGCCGGUUACGUCGUCGGUACCAGUGAAUAUGCAGCAGCAGGUGCAGUACGCCGACUGCUCGAUGCCACAACAUACUCCGCCGGCUCAUCAUCCGAGCAUUCAUCCGAUGCAUCAGCCACACACCCCGCAGUCCCUCCAACAACCGCGUACUCCGCAGAGUAUCCCGACGCAGAGCCCACAGCCGCUUCCGCAGAGCCAUACGCCGCAACCGUUGCCGCACACGCCGCAGAGUAUACCUACGCAAAGUCCGCAACCGUUACCACAAAGUCAUACGCCGCAGCCGUUGCCCCAGUCGCACACGCCACAACCGAUGCAGCUAUCGCUGUCGCAGCAAGCGCAGAGUCAAAGUAUGGCGCACAGUCAAUCUCAGCAGUCGCAACAACAACAACAACAACAGCAACAGCAGCAGCAGCAGCAGCAAUCUGCGCAUCAACAGCAGCCUCAACAGCAACAAACUCAAUCGCACAGCAAGCGUGCCAGCUCCCAGACCACGCACAGAUCCAGGUCGAGCGCGCAGCAGAGUAGCAGAUCAUCGCAUCGGGCCACUCCGCCGUCUCACAACACCCAGACCUCUCAGCACAGCGUCGUAACGUCGCAGACCAGUCACAGCAUCAGCACCGCGGCGCAUACGGCGCAUAUUGCGAUGCCGCCGCAGUAUCAGCAGUCGCCGUCGUCGAUGAGCGUGCCAUCGGCGGUGCCGCAUCCGCACUCGCACACCCCGCACGCCGCGCAUUCGCACAACAUGGCGGUGAUCUCGCAGGGCAACUACAUGGCAGUGGCGGCGGCGUCGCAGGCCUUCCCCACGCAGAACACCUACGUGAUCCAACAUCGCAGCGGCCGUUCCGGCGCGCCGACGCCUUGUACUACCGCUACGAAUUUCUACAUACAGACGAACCCGAUGCCGCAUUCGCAUACCCCGGCGCCGACCCCGCUCUCCGCCUCCGGCGGUAGUCAUCAAGCUACAAAUUCGUGCAGUCUGGCGAAGCUGCAGCAGCUGACCAACGGUCUGGAGAUGAUACCGCCCACGGCGCCACCGGCGAUGAACCUCACGCCACCGCCACCCAUCCCGCACACCAUGACGCCACCGCAGACGUCGCGGCAGCUACCGACGCCACCUCAAGUCCCGUUGGGUUACGGGAAACCCUAUUACAACACCGUGCCUCCCGGCACGCCCGGACCGCCUAGCCGAUCCGCCUCGCGCUCGUCCGCGAACAACAUGCCGUCGCUCACGCAGGCGUAUCCCAGCGAGAGCCUCUAUCGGCAGACCCUCGAUCCGGGCGGCACCUGCCCGCAGAUGCAAAGCACCGCGAACCGCGUCAGCCCGAAUGUCGCCCUCAACACGAAUCUCAUGGCAGCCGCUCAGUACGGUUACCGGGUAACGCAACCAGCGACCAGUUAUAUGAAUGCGCAGGCGGCACAACUCGGCGGGUUCAUGAAUCAGGCGAGCCAGCUGCCGGUCGGCGUGGUCAACGUGCCAGCGCCGUAUCCGCAGGAUCCGCACCAGCAGAACCCGGCGGCUGUCUACACUACGUAUCACGGCUACAUAAACGGCGGUCUCAUGCAGCCCCUCAACAGCUCCAUGAGGCCGCGCUAGCCGUCGCGAUCAUCGCCUACUCCGAUCGAAUCAAUCUCUCACGACGUUCCGAAGGAUGGACGAACCUCUUCGCGCGACAAGUUAAUGCUCUCUUCGAUACGACCAUCGAUGGCGACCCAGCUUCGAUCUUCUACUUCGUGACCGACUCCGCGGACACUUGUACUUUCCCGACCAUUCGCUGCCUUCCACCAGCUCUGUCCGCGAAACCAGACUUGUUUUCGAGUCUUCUCGUCACGCUGAUCCAUUUGCGACAACAAUCCUCUUUUCCGAUCCAGGUACUCCACGAUGCAUCUCCGAAGAUAUGACUCGGUGCUCGCUACGAUUGGCGAACACAAACGAACGUACAUCGGCGUAGAGCCGUAAUGGACAGAGUGCGGCAGAUCGCGAGAGAACUCAGUGUAACACGAUUGUAACAGAAGCAGAAUCCGCACGUUCGGCAAUCCGUUCGUCAAGCACACAAUCUUAUUUUAAUUCUUUAUCUCGACUCAGCAGAAUAUAUUCGCGAAUGACUAGUGCAUUAGCGUGUGUCUUCUGUACGCCAGUACAUGCGAAAUCGGUACGUGAAUAUGUAUAUGUCUAUUACUGUUUUAAUUGCACGUUCAAUUUCAGAAAAGCAGGAGGAGGAGAAAGGGAGGAUAAUUGAUAUAACCCUUCCCGGUCUCUCUACCCACGCCCGUCGGCAGGACGGGACGUUUCUCUUCUUCGCGCUCGAGGAAGGCUCGUAUUAAACUGAUUCUUAACUUGUCGACAAAGAUUGCACACAAGGUACAAUUUAAUAAUAGUUAACGAUCGGUAAUUUUUCGAGAGCACGAGUUCGUAUGCUUCGUGCGUUUAAAAUAGAAGAAAAGGACAGGGAGACGUUAUCUUGGACGGAUUAAUUUCGGCUGAGGUAUCGCUCCUUCAUUUUUAAUUCGGAAGCAGAAAGGAAAGAAAGAAAAAAAAAUUGAGGAAAAAUAAAAGAAAAGAAAUGCGAACACCUAUUUUUAGUAGGGCAUUCCUUCGCGAAAACCGCAGCAGUGUUACGUUUUAUGUAUUUAUAUAUAUAUAUAUAUAUAAAUAUAUAUAUAUUUACGAAUAAUAUUCUGUUUGAUAUUAUCAAUUGUUAAACAUUGUUAUUUAAGUUGGCACACUUGUACUUUACUGUAUCA